AUGAAAGUGACAGCGAGGGAACCCCGGAGAGAUCCUGGUUUAGGAUAUAUGGAUAACAGGCGCACAGAAAACACUGAAUGGUGCAAGUGUGGACAGGGUAUUGCACACCCAACUGCAGAAGAGUGUAGCUGCUGUCAGGAGAACCCUACAACUGUGGCCAAGAUUGAUGAAGUGGAGAGAGAAGGCCUGCCAUCAGUAAACUGCAUCACUCAACAACCUGGCUUUGCUGGGGUGUGCUGUAACAGAUGGGUGCUGCAGACAGCAUACUUCCAGUACAGACAGCAGUAUGGAGAGGUAGAUGUGGCUGAUCAAGCUGUCAACAGGCGAUACAGAUACACAGGCUACCGACAGUUUGUGAGAUGGUGCUGUGGAUACCUCGGAAGGAAAGUGAGAGUGCCACUUCCUGCAUGUGCAGUUAGAGCCAUAAGAACGGAAUUUCCAUCAGAAGAAUUUUGUGGCUUCAAGUAUCCAUCUUUAGAGUAAUGACAAACAAUGACUUUGUGGCAAGAAUAAUAUAUUUAGCUUUUCCCACUCCAAUUCAGUGAAUGUAAUAUUUACAAUUUAUUUUACCAAGUUUAAUAAUUUAUAGUGUAUGUUGAGUAUUAUGUUAUUGUAC